UCGCUCCUCAAUAGUGGGGAUGACUACCGGGCAUUAAUCCUGGCAGUUCGGACGGGGUACUAAUCGCGAGAAUACUGUACUAAGCUACUAUAAAAUUCAAGGAAAUACACUGCUAUGCCACUUAUGUCAUACAGUCCAUCGAAAACAUAUAAAUCGAAUAUGGGAAAGAAUAUACGUAAUUUGAUAUUCGCUUACGACUCUUUGUGUUCAAAGAUGGAUAGAGGUAUGACGUGAAAAAACAAGGACAGAAGAACAAUAUGCUAUACUGACAAAUAAGAAUACCAUACAUAGGUUAAUUGGUGGGUUAAGUUAAUUUUAAGUUGUACUUCGAACCAUCAUGUAGUAUUAUAAACACAUAAUAUAUUGUUCAGUACAUUUUGGGCUGAGAAGAUCUUAAUGACAACAAUGAUUGUUGGAAAAAUUCUGUCAUCUACUUUGGCAAGAGCACGAAUUGUUUCAUACGCACAGCCUCAAUUAUUAAAUCAAAAACAAAAUUUGACCCUGUUUUUAUUGGUGUGUAAAUUAACCAGUCACCAUAUUACUAGGAAUAUUAAAUAUAUCUCUCAAGAUAACAAAAUUAAAACCUCUGCUGGCCGAAUACAAAAAUAUAAGAAUGAUGACAACAGACCACUAUUGGUUUUGUUAAGUUGGCUAAUGUCAAGGCCUAGGCAUGUUAUGAAAUUUGUAAAUCUUUAUACAGAGCAGGGUUUUGAUGUUGCAGUAGUAACACUUACACCUUGGCAAUUAAUGUGGCCCACAAAGGGAUCAAGAGUAGUUGCUGCAGAAUUACUAGAUUUCUUGGUACAAUAUGAACGUAAUCAGCAGAUAUUGUUACAUGGGUUUUCAGUAGGUGCAUAUAUGUGGGGAGAAGUAAUGGAUUUAAUUCAAAGUGAUCGUCAAAAAUAUGCCCAUAUUAUUGAUAUGAUUGUUGGUCAGGUUUGGGAUAGCGUGGUUGAUGUCACUGAAUUAUCAACAGGUAUACCACGUGCUGUAUUUCCCAGAAAUGAUGUGUUGCAAAACAUGUUACAGAAAUAUCUACAAUAUCAUUUAAAAACAUUUUACAAACAGUCUACUCAAUAUUAUAUACGAUCUAGUCAAUUAUUUCAUACAAAUUUAGUACACACUCCAGCAUUAUUCUUUAUAAGUAAAGUGGACCCUAUUGGUAACAUAGUAGACAAUAUGAGGGUACACGACCAAUGGGUCAUCAAUGGUGUAAAGACUUACGUCAAAAUAUUUGACAAAUCUCCGCACGUUGGACAUUAUUACAAAUAUCCAAAAGAAUAUGUGGCAGAACUUUAUGCUUUCUUGAAUAAAUUAAAUUUAAUUAAAAAUGAAGAGAAAAUAAGAGCACAUCUCUAGAUAUUCAGUUUCAUACCUUAUUAAUAUUAUAUUUAAUAUUCUUUCAUUCGUAUUCUUAAAUGAUAUUUGAAAGUGUAUGUUAUGACUUGCCAAAUAUGUAGUCCUCUAAUCCAAGCAUUAGAUGAAUUAACUUUUAAAAAAAAGGAAUGCCAAAGUACAAUUAUUUUGAUAACUAAUUAGGAAAUUUUACUUAAUUAUUUUUUAUUGCGUAUGCUUUUUGGCUGUAAAUAGGAAUAUUAUCAUGUGCAAUAUUUGAAAGUAUUGUAUGGUUAUAAAAUUACUCUAAUCGUAAGUUUUUAAUUAUACAGAUCUUUGUUUAAAAAUGCGGAUGAAUAUA